AUAGGGAUAAUUUUGAAAUAAAGGAUAAAGUUGAGGGGUACUGUAUAUAAAAAUGAAGAUAAAUGGAGGAAUUUGAUGGUUGAUUUUGGUGAAUAGUGGUUGAGCGAGGACGAGGAGUGGAGUGUAAUUGAAUAAGGUUACGAAAAUGUGCACAGUUGAGAGGCGAGGCAAUGUGUUCAUCCUAACACUGACCGCCAACGACGAUCACCGCCUCAACCCACCGUUGAUCUACUCCAUCCUCACCGCUCUUUCAGAGGUCAAAGCCAACGCCACCACCGGCUCCGUUCUCAUCACAACCAACAAUGGCGACAACUUCUCAAACGGCUUCGACCUCCCCUGGGCACUCGCCGCCGGCACCCUUGACGGCGCCCGUGACCGCCUCAACCACAUAAUUGACAUCUUCAGGCCCGUCGUGGCCCAACUCCUUUCCCUUCGCAUGCCUACCAUUGCUGCCAUUUCCGGCGACGCCGCUGCCGCCGGUCUCGCGUUGGCGGUGAGCCACGACUACUUGAUCAUGAGGAGCGAUCUGGGCUCGCUUUUCAUGCGAGAGAUUGAUCUGGGCCUCACUCUGCCGGACUACUUCGCGGCUCUGUUUAAGUCCAAGAUGGGCUCCACUUCGGUUCAGCGCGACUUGAUCCUGAGGGGCAUGAAACUGAGCGGUGAAGCGGCGGUGAGAAGGGGCAUUGUGGAGUCGGCGCACGACGGCGCUGGCGGCCUCAUGACGGCUGCGCUCCAGUUUGGGGAGCAGCUGGCGGCGAAAAAAUGGGAUGGCGAAGCAUAUGCUGAAAUCAGGAAGGGUUUGUACCCUGAGAUCACUGGGGUGCUUGGAUUACCCACCAAGGUCAUGACCAUUUCCAAACUCCCUCAACUUUGAGACUUCUCUCAUUUCUUCCGGUGAAACUCGCCGCCGGCCGCCGUAUCCUCCUCGCCAGCCAUCACUACCGCCGCCGCAAACCUCUUUCUCCCUUCCUCCGGCCGGUGAACGAGGAACGAAGCUCUGGAAUGAGGAUAGAAUCCUCCUUUUCUGGCUCACAUGGCAACUUUCCAUUACAGACCAUCUGUCUUCUUCUGACUUUGUAUUACCGUCACGUUUCUUUGUUGUUUUUGUCGUUUCAGAAGUCUCCCAUAAACAUGUUUCAAAAUCGCAUUAUCUGAUAUUGUUUAGAAUAUUUCAAUUCCUCAGAAAAUAUUCUAAAUAAAAUUCAUGCUAUCUCGAGUCACUAAAUUUUUAGUA